AUGACGGCGACUGCAGCCUCACCAGCCUCAGCUCCUGGCCUGCUUGCACAUCGAUAUUCCAAUCCGCUACUCUCCACACCACGCGCGUCCGACUCGGUCCAGAGCAACACCAGCUUUGGCUCGGCCGCGCCACGCAUGGCACUCAGCAUGUCUUCGCCUCCCCACAGCGCUUCGGCGUCCAACGCGACUCCAAUGGCUUCCGGCAGCGCCACCAUUCACGACGAGCAGCGCACCGACACCUUUGGCGGCGCAGUCAAGUACGCAUGCGCCUCGUGCAUCCGCGGACACCGCACAUCCUCGUGCUCGCACAAGGACGGCUCCAAAGGCCCGCUCUAUCCCAUCCGCAGCAAGGGAAGGCCGCCCACACAGUGCGAGGUGUGUCGCCAGAAACGCAAGGAGAGCGGCCGCCACGUCCGCUGCGAUUGCUCCGGCAAAAAGACCAGCGCUCCUACUGUGCAGACGACUCCUUCAGCAUCGCUCGCACCCAAAAGGUCGUCUCCCACGCCCACCAAGCCCCGAACCGCUGGGUCGACAUGUUGCGGCGAGGCAGACCACCACCAACAGGAAGGACGUGCGCCCAAGAAAGCCAGGACCAAGGGCGACGGCUCUUCGCUGCCAUACGCACCUGUCUCGCCCAAGCACACCGCCGCCCGCCGACCCAGCCUCGACAAUCGCACCGCAUCCUCGCGCUCGCGAUCGCCGCCGCAAGCCGAGGGCGAUAUCGUGCUCGCGCCCAUUCGGCCUGCGCGUGCGCAGCACUCGUGGAGCCUGCCGAGCAUCCACGCGGCGCACGAUGCAGACGAUGCCGAGGAUGAGGAGGUUGCACCUCGUCGGUCGUCGACGCUGUCGCUGUCGAGCCUGAUGAAUCCGCGCGCGGCGGAGACGACGACGAGCAGCUGCUGUUCUGGCAAGCCGCGCGCCGAGUCGAGUGCGCCGAGCAUCGAGCUGCUGCUGCGUGCGGUGGACAUGUCGAGUGCGUUUGUGCCUCCGCCGUGCGUGUGCAGCGACGCGUGCCGGUGUGCGCGCUGCCUGUCGAAGCCGGCGUCGUCGCAGCGCGCCUCGAGCACCGCCGCGUCGUCGGCGAGCCCCAAGACGCCCUCUGCGGGGCUGGGGAGUCCGAAGCCCGCAGCGGGGUGCGACGACUGUGCGGCGUGCGAUCUGGGGCUCGAGCGUCCAUCGGGUAUCGGGGCGGUGGAUAGCUGGAUGGCGCAGACGCGCGGUACCGACGAAUGGACCGCACGUCCGCGAGCCUCGUCGCUUGAAACCAGCGCUGCCGACAAGAGCGCGGUCGAGGGUGGGAGGAGAAGUUCGCAGCCUAUGCAGCUGCAGGGUGCGCAGGAAAAAGCAUCACAGACACUGCAUGGCGGGUUGCUGACUUCGCUCGCCAGGGCAGAUGACAGGGACGAGGAGGUGAGGGCCGAGCUGGUGCUUGUGCAUCCAGAGUGCGACGCGUGUUUGCACGUCGUGCGUACCCGCGGCGUGGGCGUGCUCACUCCCGCUCCUGCGUCCACCGCUUCUCUUUGA